UCCGCGAAGCCGCCGCCGCCAUGAACCGCUUCAGGGCGUCCAAGUUCCGGCACGCCGAGGCCCGGCCGCCCCGCCGCGAGGCCUGGAUCAGUGACAUUCAUGCAGGAACCGCCCCCUCCUGCGGGAACCAGAUCAAGUCAAGCUGCAGCCUGAUUGCGUUCAACUCUGACCGUGCAGGUGUGCUGGGCAUCGUGCCUCUGGACGGCCAGGGAGAGCACAAGGGACAUGUGACCAGCCUAGGCUGCCAUUCAGACCUGGUCACGGACCUGGACUUCUCUCCCUUUGAUGACUUCCUCCUGGCCACAGGCUCCGCCGACAGGACGGUGAAACUGUGGCGGCUGCCGGCCCCUGGCCAGGCCCUCCCCACGCAGCCAGGCCUGGUGCUGGGCCCGGAGGCCGUGCAGGUGGAGGUGCUGCAGUUCCACCCCACUGCAGACGGCGUCCUGGUGAGUGCGGCCGGCCCGGCCGUGAAGGUGUGGGACUUGGCGAGGCGCCAGCCUCUCUCAGAACUGGCAGCCCACAGAGACCUGGUGCAGGCUGCUGUCUGGAGCCGGGACGGAGCCCUUGUGGGCACGGCGUGCAAGGACAAGCAGCUGCGGAUCUUUGACCCCAGGGCACAGCCCAUGGCCGCCCAGAGCACACAGGCCCAUGAGAACAACCGGGACGUCCGGCUGGUGUGGACAGGCACCCAGGAGCACCUCGUGUCCACUGGGUUCAACCAGAUGCGUGAACGCGAAGUGAGACUCUGGGACACCAGGCACUUCUCCAGCGCCCUCACCUCCCUGACCCUGGACACGGCGCCCGGGCCUCUGAUGCCCCUGCUGGACCCCGACUCCGGGCUCCUGGUCCUCGCGGGAAAGGGCGAGAGUCAGCUCUCCUGCUAUGAGGUGCUCCCGCUGCAGCCGGCCCUGAGCCCAGUGACUCAGUGCCUCGUGGAGAGCCCGCUUCGGGGGGCGGCCCUGGUCCCCCGGCGGGCGCUGGCCGUGCUGGGCUGCGAGGUGCUGCGCAUCCUGCAGCUAAGCGACUCGGCCAUCGUGCCCGUCAGCUUCCACGUGCCACGCAAGGCUGUGGAGUUCCACGAAGACCUGUUCCCAGACACUGCCGGCUGUGUGCCGGCCUCUGACCCGCACACCUGGUGGGCGGGCAGCAACCAGCAGGUGCGGAAGGUCAGCCUCAACCCGGCCUGCCAGCCUCACCCCAGCUACACGUCACACCUGGUGCCCCCCGCGGAGCUCCCCCUCGCUGAGGCCCAGCCUGCAGAGACCCCAGUGGACGACACAGACCCAAGCGAGGGCUUCUCCUCCGCCCCCAGCCUGCUGACCUCGCCCUCCACGCCGUCCAGCCUGGGGCCCUCGCUCUCCUGCACCAGCGGCUUCGGCACCAGCCCCAGCCAGAGGUCACUGCACAGCCUGCUGGGCCCUAGUUCAAAGUUCCGCCACACUCAGGGCACCGUCCUGCACCGAGACAGCCACAUCACCAACCUCAAGGGACUCAACCUCACCACGCCCGGCGAGAGCGAUGGCUUCUGUGCCAACCGGCUGCGCGUGGCCGUGCCCCUGCUCAGCAGUGGCGGGCAGGUGGCCGUGCUGGAGCUGCAGAAACCCGGCCGCCUACCCGACACGGCGCUGCCCACACUGCAGAACGGGGCGGCCGUGACCGACCUGGCGUGGGAUCCCUUCGACCCGCACCGCCUGGCCGUGGCUGGAGAGGACGCCAGGAUCCGACUGUGGCGGGUGCCCCCAGAGGGCCUGGUGGAGGUGCUCACCGAACCCGAGACCGUGCUCACAGGCCACACGGAGAAGAUCUACUCUCUGCGCUUUCACCCGCUGGCGGCCGACGUGCUAGCCUCGUCUUCCUACGACCUCACCGUGCGCAUCUGGGACCUGCAGGCAGGAGCUGAGCGGCUGAGGCUGGAGGGCCACCGGGACCAGAUCUUCAGCCUGGCCUGGAGUCCUGAUGGGCAGCAGCUGGCCACUGUCUGCAAGGACGGGCGCCUCCGGGUCUACACGCCCCGCGCGGGCCCCGAGCCCCUGCAGGAAGGCCCAGGGCCUGAGGGGGCCCGCGGAGCCCGUGUUGUCUGGGUGUGCGGUGGUCACUGUCUGCUGGUGUCCGGCUUUGACAGCCGAAGUGAGCGCCAGCUGCUCCUCUACUCGGCGGGGGAGCUAGCAAGGGGCCCCUUGGCAGUGCUGGGCCUCGACGUGGCUCCCUCUACCCUGCUACCCAGCUACGACCCUGAUACCGGCUUGGUGCUACUUACAGGCAAGGGUGACACCCGUGUGUUCCUAUACGAGCUGCUCCCCGAGACCCCUUUCUUCCUGGAGUGCAACAGCUUCACAUCGCCAGAGCCCCACAAGGGCUUCGUCCUCCUGCCCAAGACGGAGUGUGACGUUGCGGAGGUGGAGUUCGCCCGGUGCCUGCGGCUGCGGCAGACCUCCCUAGAGCCCGUGGCUUUCCGGCUGCCCCGAGUCAGGAAAGAGUUCUUCCAGGACGACGUGUUCCCAGACACGGCGGUGAGCUGGGAGCCCGUGCUCAGUGCCCAGGCCUGGCUGGGGGGGGCUAACGGGCAGCCCCGACUUCUCAGCCUGCAGCCCACCGGCAUGACCCCAGUGAGCCAGGCCCCCCGUGAGGCCCCUGCCCGGCGGACCCCCUCCUCGGCAGUCUACCUGGAAGAGAAGUCAGACCAGCAAAAGAAGGAGGAGCUGCUGAAUGCCAUGGUGGCGAAGCUGGGGAACCGGGAGGACCCGCUCCCCCAGGACUCCUUUGAAGGCGUGGACGAGGACGAGUGGGACUAGCCUGCUCACCAGCCACCUGCUGCUGCCACCUCCAAGAGCCACCUGGUGCCCCUGCACACCUCACAUCUCACCCCGAAAUUGGAAGGUGUCCCCUAGCCCCGGCACCAUGACUGGAGCCCCAGCUCCCUCGGGGCCACUGCAUUCUCCCGUGAAUUGUCCGCACCUCUGCCUCGUCUGGGGCCGCUGAGUCUCGGCUGCUUGCUAGCAUGUGGAGCCAAGGCCGGAGGGUGCCAUGGUGUGGGGGGCCAGUGCAGGUCCCUGGGCAGGCACCGUCUCCCCUCCUUGGACCUGGGCUGGUCCCAGCCUGGGCUGCUUUCACCCAGCACCUUCUGUUAUCACCUGCCACCCUGUCUUGCCAGUCACCCCAGUUCUCGUCAAGGGCCUUGGGGGGCUGGCCCCCCACUAAGACAGCCCAGGGAGGUGGAGCCUUUCAAGGACUGGCUGGCAGGUGCCCUGUCUGGAGUUUCGGCAAUUAAACAUUCCUAAG